CUGACGAGUAGCCAGCUCACUCCGGUAGGAUCUUCCCCUUCUUCAAGCGGCGGCAGCACCUGUUACAAACGCGCUCGUGACAUUUCAUCUGGGAUGUGGACAAAGUGGAAGGAAUCUCACCGGGUCCGCACGGGCCUUUGAUACGGAACAUGUGUCGACAGUGAUACCUAACAUCAGCGGGAGGAGACGGGAGAUUUCUCGAGGACCCCUGCUUCAGACGUGAAUACUGCAUUUUUACUACAACAUAAACGACACAUAGGCUAUGUCUGACUGAAUAGCCGGAGAUUCGUCUUGGCGUUAUCUUUCUAUUCCAUAAGCGCUGCUGAACUCAUCUUUGAAAUCGUCAGAAAAAAGGAGCCAGCUAAGAUGGACUAGACUAUACACAACAUGUCCUAACUCAACAUCGGACUCAGAGGACUGGAACGGAAAGUCAAGUAAAGAUAUUGGCGACAGAACGUAACCAAGCCGCCAUUCAAACCAUCUCGAGUUGAACGAAGAAGGACAGAACAAGGAUGCCUUGGAAGUCGAGCGUCCGAUGGCGCGAAAGUGCAGGCUUGAUUCUACUGUUUGGAGUCCUUCAAACAUGUUCUCAAGGAGCUCCGACCCUGGAGAGCCUUCUCGUUAGCCGAGGGUACGACAGGUUCCUGAGACCUUCCUUCGGUGGUCCCCCGGUGCAGGUGGAUAUGAGCAUGACUAUUUCCAGUAUCGAUCAGAUAUCGGAGGUCAACAUGGACUACACCAUCACCGUGUUCCUACGUCAGUACUGGAGGGACGAGCGCCUGGCCUUCGCGGGUUCCAACCACAGCCUGAGUCUGGACGGCAGGCUGGCCGAGAAGCUCUGGGUUCCCGACACCUUCAUCCCGAACGCGAAGGAGUCCUUCCUGCACAAGGUUACCGUGGACAACAAGCUCAUCAGGCUGUUUCCGGACGGAGGGAUACUCUACGGAAUGAGGAUUACAGCAAAGGCCGAAUGCAACAUGGACCUGGAGAAGUAUCCGAUGGAUUCUCAAAACUGCACAUUGGGGUUUGAGAGCUAUGGCUAUAAGACAGAAGAUAUUCGGUUCCGUUGGAAGGCUGGUAAUGACUCCAUCUAUGGUGUAGAGAGUUUACAACUUCAGCAGUUCAAAAUCGGUGCCUAUAACGUCAUCAACGGCAUGGCUACUUACGAAUCAGGUGAUUAUUCCAAUGUGAAGUUUUGCUUCCUGCUGCACCGCCAGGCGUUCUACUUCAUCUUCCAGACAUACAUCCCGUCCAUCCUGCUGGUGGUGCUGUCCUGGGUCGGCUUCUGGAUCAACGCCGAGGCUGUUCCGGCAAGAGUAGCUCUUGGCAUCACCACUGUGCUGACCAUGACGACGCUGAUCGGCGGUGCCCGAGCCACCAUGCCUAAAAUCUCUUACAUCAAGGCCAUCGACGUCUACUUGAUCACGUGUUUCCUGUUCACCUUCGCCGCGCUGGUGGAGUACGCAGCCGUCAACUUCCGGUCUUCCGUUAAGAAAAUGAAGGAGGCAAAACGCAAGUUGGCAGCUGAGAAGAAGUGUAGAAAUAAGAUGAAAGCAAACGUGACUGGCCUUCACUGCGUGGACGAGAAGGACAACAACUGCGACAAAAGUCACACGAUUUUGGACAUCGACAUGGCGGACGAUGGGACCGUGGGGCAGGCUGCGCGCUCGGACGGGCAGAAACUGCGCAGAACUACGUCCAAGAAGAUCGGAGUGACCUUCGCCAAUGGGGUUCGACAUCUUGUCAGAAGCGUAUCUCAGGUCCAAAUGGUGAGAGCAGACGUGACAUCCAUCGACCGUUACUCCCGCUGGGGGUUCCCUUUGUGUUUCCUCCUCUUCAACCUGAGUUACUUCCUGCACUACACCGAGCCCUGGCAUGGAUGGCUCACUUAAACUCACAAUGCAACCUAGUAAUUUCUUCCAAUACGCAUGGGAGCAGCGAAGUGGAAAGCUGGCGUUCUUAACUAUCUUAUUUAACCUUCUAUCUCUCGUGGUUUAGCCUGGUACCAUCCGGAAAGUAGUUCGCUCCGGCGUUCAUUAUAUACUAUAUACAGUCGCUUCUAGCUGUGACAUUCAUUACACACUAUAUAUGUCGCUUCUCCGUGUUUGAUAGCAGAAGCGAACAUAGGAGCGAAUUACUAUCCGAAAGGUACCCAGGCUACUCGUGGUUAGCAAGUGUUCAAAAUAGAACAUAGAAAAUAUGCUCACUGACACAAUAAAGGUACAAUUUGGAUUUGACAUUGUGUAAACAACACUUUGCAAACAAGUGUUGUAGCGGGGAAAGUGUGGCUAUUCCAGAGUCCAGUGUAAAAUACUAAAUUCGCAUAUACCGGGUUGUAAUUAAGAUUCAAAUGAGGAUAAUGUGUAAUAAUGGGUAUACAAAUGUAUUAUUCCAUUGUAAAAACGUUAACGUCUGUGUUAUUUCAUUGUUAUUGUAGUAGCUACAUAAUAGCCGCAUGUAGAGUUUGACAUGUAGAAUAAUUUACUCGGAUGGACGUGGGACGUAACAGGAGUUCUGCAUGAAGGGCUGUAGAAUUCAAAGCAUUCCCAAUUGUCAAGCAUUGAAUGUGUAUAUAAGGACUAUAUUUCUAAUAGUUGUAUAUUGUGGAGUGGGUAGGCUUGAAGUGAAUUAAUCUAUGUAGAUAAGAUAUAGACUAUUGGCAUAGUCAGUGGGUACUAGUGAACUGUACACAAGCCUCGCAUAGCAGACAUGUUGUGUCAGCCGGUCAUGGAAAUGAGUCCAAAUCAUGUAAACUUGCUGUGUUGUGUGAUGCACUGCAAAGAAAAGAGAAGAACAACGUACUUCACUAUGCACAUCCACGACGUUCACUCUAACUAAAUCAAUGAAACUUUGGAUUACUUUAAACAUCAGGAACUCAUCCGGUCUGAUUGUGAUUAAUCUGAUAUUUGUUGGUUGAUAGUGUCAUCGACAUGAACAUCCGCUGUCAUAGAUUAACAUAUGAUUCGAUUUUUCAUACCAUUUAGUGUUGACUAGCUCAGUAUCUCAACUGGUCUCAUUGCCUUGCACUGAGCAAACUUGUAUAAUAUGACAUAAUGAUAUGAUCUUUGGAUAAACGUAAAUCCGGAUUAUCUGUAUGUACCAAAGGGACCCAAUUAGCGUUAUAUCUGUCGGUUCAAUCAGAUAGUUUGGGCAACUUUGAACAACGUUAUGUAAAACCCAUAUGCUGUGCCGAAGACUUAAUGUUUGUCUGAUGAAAUCUACAGAUGACAGUAGCAUCAGCACGAUCUGAAUGGAACAUAUAGAAUUCUAAAUAAUCACAAGGAACCCAAAAUCUAAUUGUAACCAGGUCUCAUCAAGACCUACCCACAUACCAAAUAUCAAUACA